UCGAACAUUAUAAAAAAGAGUACUGUACACACUAUGAACUCUUGCUAUAUAAUUUAUACUACAUGGAUAUGAUGGAGCUGGAGCUGAGACAGGCGGGAUAUUCCUUUUGAAACCGACGGUGUUAAGAAAUGUCCUACUCACUCGUUAAGCUCAAAUCAGAAGCAGUCUCAAAAGAAAGAAAUGACUGGAUGUUCAGACACCAGGCCAUGAAAGACGAGCUCAAAUCUCUUAAAGAAGAGUGUAGGAAACUUAAUGUUGCGGCCCUCUCUUCUCAUCCUCCUGCUGAGCCUCAUAGCCGUCCUGACACAACAGACAGGACUACCGAUGUGGAAACAAGCAGUGGUGCUAGUCUACCCUUUUAUACACCCUCCACGUAUAAGGAAAUUGAAGCAAGACCUACUUCUAAGUAUUCCGACAACCUUUCUUGUGUGCAUGUGCAAACCCCUUCUAUGAAGUAUAGCAGUAGACACAGUCAUGAUGGUAGCCAUUUGGAAACAGUGAUUAUACCAACUUCUGCUUCGAGUCGGCAUAGCAAGAGCACGUCAAAUCUUGCACAGGAUUUGUACACGAUCAGAUAUCCUGAGACCAGGCUCUCGGAUAAGGCUGCUAACAAACCACUUCCCCAUUCAUCUAGUACACCUCGUACUAAACACAACAAAGAACGCAACGCUUCUGGUGUGUGCCAUCCAUCUGAUGAUCUCAUAUGGACAACUUUGUCACACAACGAGGAUGCUUCUUUAUUGGAAACUUCUUGCUCUCUGAAACCUCAGUACAUCGGGUACACUAAAUCUGGUAUAUUGGGUUCAAACUCUCAAGUAGCAAUUAGCCCAGAUCAGGAAUAUGCAGCCCCACAGAUUGGACCUCAAUAUCAGGAGCAUGAAGUCAGAGUUCCUUCUGAGGACGAUGUUUGUAGUCCAUACUCUUUGUCAUCAUCAGCGUCAAAGACCACUGUCACUUGCUUCACCCAAAAAACUGAGUUAGAGCAUUCAAGGACAAAAAUACAUCACCUUGAAAAAGAAGUGUUUCUGUUGGAGAAGCAGUUGGCAGAGAAAGCUCGGUCGGCCAAGCUGCAUGUUGAAGAACUAACUGGAAUAAGAGCUGGCUUGGCUCAAGAACGGUCAUCUGUUACCAUUCUUAAAAAAGAGAUUGCGGAUAAUGCUGCUGCUAAACUGAAGAUAGUACAAGAUUUACAUAAUAUACAUUGCAAAGAGCUGCAGGAUCAAUUGGAAAGACUGAGAGCUGAUAAAAUUAAUUUGGAGAAAGAUCUUGGUAAUGCAACAUUGAUUUUGAGAGCCAAUCAGUCUAAUUUUUCUGAGAGGUUGGUUUCACUUCGUACUCAAUUGGAACAAGAGCGUGAGUCAUACUGUAAGUCGAUGCAGCUGCUAAGAUCAGAGAUCAAAAGGGGCUGUGAGCGCAUGACAUAUCUGGAACAUUCGUUAGAGAUGUGCAGACGAGAGGUAGAAGACCAUGUGUCAGUUGUUGAGGAAAGCACACAGCAGCACAAGUUAAAAGUUGAACAUUUUCAAAAACAGGUACAAUCCCUCUCAUUGAAUCUAACACAAGCUCGGGAUGAGCUCCGACAAAAGACGGAUCAUGCAACGAGUAUUCAACGAGAGAUUGUUAGUAGUCGUCGAGAGCAAGCGAAUGUCAAGCAGAGGCUAAACGAAACUAAUGUGGUUUGUAACUCUCUUUCGGCAACUGUAAAGAACUUAAGAACUUCACUUGAAACGAGUCGAAAUGAAAUAGUUAUGCUGCAAGAGGAGAAGGCGACACUCAACACAAUGCUGGAAGAGGAGCAGUCUUUUAAUGCUCAGCUUCAGACUAAAGUACAACAAGUGAUGGUAUUGCUACAGAAGGAGACUCAGGGAAGGAAGGAUGCAGAAUCUGAGGCUAUGAGACUUGGAGAAGAACUUAAACUCUUGGAGGAACAGUGUGCUGUAUGCAAAGAAGAACUGAAGAGUGUUGAAUCAAGGGCAGCAUAUCAGAAAAAGGAAGUGAAUGCUGCUCUGACUCAUAUGCAAGAAGAGCUUACCAAACGAUCUCAACAGGUUCUAGAAAUGGAUGGUUUGUUACGUAACCACCAGGCUGAUACAGCAGCUCAUCAGCUUCAACUAGAGCGUAACUUUGCACAUAAGCAUGCUGAAUUGCGAGGUAGAACACAGGAAUUAGAAGAGACGGUGAUUAAACUUGAGGAAAGUAGAAGAAAAGAGAACGACCUCAAGCAAAUUGUUGAAUCUCUCAAAAAUAGUAUGGCAGCACUGAAGAAAGAAAAGGAUGAGGACAUCGGUGUAAAAGUACAACGUACUAUGAGCUCUGAGAAGUCAGAGGAGCUUCAAAUUAAAGUUACUCAGCUCAUGCAAGAAAAUGAGAGGUUGAAACAACGAUCUUCAAGUGAGAUUUCGACAGCACAGACGCAUGUUCGUGCCUAUGCAACUGACUGAACUUAACUGAUCAGGAAAAAAUACUGAGAGAAGUUAUCGGACUGCAGAAUACCGACGCUGAAUACCUCAAACUACAAACUCAUGUGAACACAUCCUUUUAGAUCAUAUAAUGUACGUGCCACUAUAAUACAAUCAGGCAUUACACCUGCAAACAGAUAUUACUAUCAUGAAAA